CUUCCUCUUCCUUCUUCUAACAAAAAAAAAAUAACAACAGCUGGAAGCAGCUAAAGAUGGCCGCCAUGAUAGCCUCCGCCAACACGGCGGGGCUCAGCUCCCACAGGAUGGAGGAGAAGAAGUUUGAGUACUUUUCCUCCAUCAACUCCAUGGCGAGGAAGAUAAUGCAGGAGAGGAAGACUAUCGAAGAGAAACACGGCCCUACAUGGGAGAAAAUGACGCAUCAGGAGCAGGACAGCGCCAUCGAUAAUGAGAUGAUGGAUCCUCAGAUCCGAGCCCGAUACGCCAUGCACAGAGUAGACCGUGAAGAAGUGCUCUGUUACCCCAAACUUCUCAUUCAGACGGGCCAGAAGAUUGUUCACUUCGGAGAGGAGGAUAUGACCUGGCAAGAUGAGCAUUCUGCCCCUUUCUCGUGGGAAACAAAGAGCCAGUUGGACUUCAGCUUGACGUCUGGCCCAGCAGAACAGGGAGUCUCAGUCUCUCAGGCCGAAUCAAAGCCUGCGAAGGUUCCUCAUUCCAACCAGAUCAGCAAGAGUACUCCAGGAACUAAGGUGACUGUCAGCGAGGCCCGGAGGCCAGAGGAGGAGUCGUCUUUCUGGAAGAUCAGCGCCGAGAGGUCCAGACUGGAGGGAGAGAUGGCCGACUUCCAGUCUCUGACCCCCAGCCAGAUCAAGUCCCUGGAGAAAGGAGAGAAAUCCUUGCCCUCGUACCUCCGACUGGUGAGCACUGAAAUGUAGAACUGUUUCUCACUCUCU